UUGUGAAAUUUCAGCAGCGUGCAACUCUUUUCCAAGUUUCCAUUGAUAAUCCCGAGCUUCUUUAUUCGGCAUCCCAACUAACCCUCUCCGCCUGCUUCUCACUCACAGUCUCUUCUCUUCUCUUUACAGAAAUGGGUUCUAGGACUGGAUCGCACCAGCUCAGCAAUGGACUCUACGUAUCUGGUCGGCCGGAGCAGCAAAAGGAUCGGCCACCUGCAGUUUCAUCACGGGCAGUGCCGUACAUAGGCGGUGAUGUCAGGAAAUCAGGUGAGCUGGGCAAAAUGUAUGGAGUAGCUUUGUCGGGAGAGGCCACAGGACCCCCUUCCUUUAAGGCCUUCUCAAGAGCUUCUUCAUCUUCACAGCACAACAGUGCAUCUCUCAGAUCCGGCCCUAGCUCGGGGGAGCUUGGCCACAAACCCAACUACUCCGGUCCAAUCCCUAAGAGAUCAUCAUCUUCCUCUUUUUCUGGUCCAAUGACUCCCAUUCAGCCUACUGGGCUCAUCACUUCCGGUCCAUUGGGGUCCAGUGCAGGACGCUCCGCCCAGCUAGAACCACCGUCGGUACCUUCUACUAAAGUAAAAUACGGUGCGGGUGUUACAAAAUUGAGUGAGGAGGUGAAACUAGGGUUUAGAGUGUCGAAGCUCGCUAUUUGGGUGUUUCUGGUUCUGCUCUUAAUGGCUCUUGUAGUAGGGGCGUUCCUGAUGGUUGCCGUGAAGAAAUCGAUGGUCCUCAUUGCACUUGCUAUCAUUUUAGCUCCAGCAAUGGUGUUGUUGAUAUGGAAUUUCACGUACAAAGAGCGAAGCUUGCGGAUGUUUCUCAAAAGAUAUCCAGAUGCCGAGCUUAGAGGUGCAGUUGACGGACAGUACAUCAAGGUCACUGGGAUUGUCACAUGUGGUAGUAUUCCUCUAGAAACUUCUUUCCAGAGGAUACCAAGAUGUGUAUAUGCUUCAACAGAAUUGCAUGAGUACAGAGGAUGGGGUGCUAAACCUGCGAAUUCUAGACACUGCUUAUUUUCAUGGGGACUAAGGCAUUCCGAGAAAUAUGUGGCGGAUUUCUAUAUAUCAGACUACCGAACUGGGCUACGAGCUUUAGUCAAGGCGGGCCAUGGAGCCAAGGUUGCCCCAUUUGUCAACUCUUCAACUGUUGCAGACUUAACAAAGGAUAGUAAGGAGUCAUCCCCAAAUUUUAUGCAGUGGCUUGCUGAUCGAAGCCUCUCGAGCGAUGACCGUAUAAUGCAACUCAAAGAAGGUUACAUCAAAGAAGGAAGCACAGCGAGUGUGAUGGGAGUAGUGAGACGCCAUGAUAAUGUGUUGAUGAUUGUCCCGCCAAGAGAACCUGUUUCAAUGGGCUGUCAAUGGAUGCAAUGCAUAUUCCCAACCUAUACAGCAGGGUUGAUUUUGACAUGCGAUGAAGACCAAAGUGAUGAUGUAGUUCCUGUAUAGAUGAUGUGCACAAAAACUGACUCAGGAAUGGAAACAUGGGGAUUUUCUCAAGUGUAUAGAAUGAAUGGUGAAUCUAGGAGAGCUUCCAUUUUUUCCUGUAAUGGUGACAUGGUGGUGAGUUCACAAUGGGCUGGACAAAAAAGCUCAUUUAUUUGUAGCUCUAAGUUUAUUUGUAAAUAACUUUUUGAUGAGGUGCUUAUGACUAUGGUUUUGCCCUCUUCCUAAAUCGACUAUGUUACCAUUAGGCUAAAUUCUAAAGUACAUAUUUCGUCAUUUUCGUGUAUAGUUCUGGUCUAUUUGCAG